AUGGCUAUGGCAUGCUCCAUUGCCUCUGCCUAUGACCCGGCUCCUCUGCAAGACUUUUGUGUUGCAGCUAACUCUUCCACUGAUGCUGUUUGUGCAGUAUUUGUGAAUGGAAAGUUCUGCAAGGACCCAAAGCUUGUCACCGCCGAUGAUUUCUUCUUUCAAGGGCUAAACACUCCUAGAAGUACUGCAAAUCAACAAGGGUCGAAUGUCACUCUUUUGACUGUGGACAAAAUACAAGGCCUUAAUACAUUAGGGGUAUCCUUGGCUCGCAUUGACUUCGCACCAAAUGGCUUGAAUCCUCCCCAUAUUCAUCCUCAUGCCACUGAGAUUUUUGUAGUCGUAAAGGGUACCUUGUAUGUUGGCUUUGUUACAUCCAACCCAAAUAACCGCUUCUUCACAAAGGUUUUAAAUACGGGAGACGUGUUCGUGUUCCCAAUUGGUCUCAUUCACUUCCAGUUCAAUCUAGGAAGUACUGAAGCUCUUGCCUUUUCCGGUCUUGGUAGCCAGAAUCCAGGUCGUAUUACCAUAGCAGACACAAUAUUUGGAUCUAAUCCUCUCAUCAAUGCUGACGUUCUGACCAAAGCCUUCCAAUUGGACAAGAAUGUGGUUAACUAUCUUCAAAAACAGUUUUCUUCCAACAACAUUUAGAGAAACAUUUGUAAUAGUAACGAUGAAUGGUUCAUAUAAAAAGUUUGCCUUGUUUUGCUUGUUGUAACAUAGUGUUAGUAAUUAUAAUUAAAUGAAAUGAUUUCUUAUGUACAUGCACUUUCAUUUCUUUUUGGUAGCAUGUUUUGUUCUGUUUUUCUGCAUGUAUCAUGUUGUUGCAUGCAGACACUGAUGUUUUUGGUUGUGUGGAGCUUUAGUUGGUUCUGUAGAUGUUUGCAGUUUGGUUCAGCUUUAUUCUUGUUUAGGGUUCAUUUAGCAUAUUGGCUGACGUGUAAUUAUGUUAAGAAUUUUGCUCGUUUGAUAUAUACAAAUUAAGUUACUCAUUCAUCCAAUUGAAUCGAAUUAGAUUAUUAAUCCUUAUUAAUGUCGAGAUAUUUGAUCGCACCGGUGGGCCCAAGUAUCGCUUUCUAAUUUGGUUUAAUUUAAAGGAAGUUGGGUGUGUGUAACACCACAAAUUUUUAUAGAAUCUGACGUGGUUUUCUUAAUGCAUGGCACAAUUCCCAUAAAUAAAUAAUAAAAAAUAAAAGAAAUGUUAAGAGUCACUACAAGAAAUUUGCUCAUUAGCGGCGACCCAAAGUCGCCGCUAUUGAUCAAUAGCGGCGACCCUUGGCCGCUAUUCAGUUGCUGGUAUUAAUCCGCCACUGAUGAUCUAUAGCGGCGACAUUUGGGGUCGCCGCUAUUGAGGGGUCAAUAGCGGCGACUUUUAGUCGUCGCUAAUGACUUUUUCUUGUUGCCGCAAAAAAAAGUUAAAAUGGGCCGUUUGUCGCCGCUGAUGAUGGUCAAUAGCGGCGACAAGAAUGUCGCCGCUACUGAUGUUUUUAAAUAGAGGUGAC